AUGAGAAGAUAUCAACAACAUACACACGCAAGCUGGCACCGUGCCUACGCCGAUAAAUUCGAUUGCCCUUGGUGCCAGACCCCUCACCGGGCAGAAACCCCUCAGAACCAGAACCACAAUCGCAAGCAAUCCGCCAAGGGCUCAGACAAUGGCAGAGCAAGCAGAGCAAAUGCUACGUCAACACCAGUCGGACGUCGGAUAGCUCCUAAGAGCUCUGGUAUUCCUAUUGAAGACAAUGCCGCCCAUACCCCGAUCGAACCACAGACGCCAGAUUCAGCUCUGGACGCGAACCAUGAAGAGACACCGGAGCUGGAAUCCGAUUCAAAUUACGGGCGGUACAAUAUGGGGCGCACGGCGAUGCAUGAUGGCUUGAGUACCGCAGAUACACUGCGCCCGCCGCUCCCCGAGGAGUGGACGAAGGAGACUGAGGAUCGGGAGCAUAGUACUGCAGAAUGGACCCCACCGGCUGUGGAAGAUUGGCGUUCGGGGCUAGAUACGACUGGGGAGGUUCAAAUUUCCGGUGACAAAACAAUUGACUCUCCAGAGUUGAAUGUGAGGGAGGUAGAGGAGUCUUGA